AAGAUGAAGAGUUUAAGGGAAAGUGAAAUCGCCGGUUGGAGUCUGCCUAUACAAUUGCCGAAGGAGAACGGCGAUAGUGUCAAUAAGUCGAUACCGCCUGAUGUGGUGCCUAAUGAGAGCAAGUUGAAGUUCCAAGAGAUAAGCGACAUAAGCGAAAUCAGCCUGUCGCCUUCGUCCCCAAAGGACGACUCAUCGUCCCUGAAAGGAUUCGAGAAAUUAGAGGCGGAGGUUAACGCCGCCACUGAGGCCGAAUUGAAGGCGGCUCUUGCAGCCGAAGCCGAAGAGGAUUUGCAAGAAAUACAGGAUGGCGUUGUCGAAGAUUCGGGCCUAGUGGCAGUCGCUCUUUACGAUUAUCAAGCCGCUGCCGAGGAUGAGAUAUCCUUCGAUCCUGAUGACGUUAUUACGCAUAUCGAUAUGGUGAGAGGAAUUUAG